CGGACUAUAAACAAAUAAAAUGGCGACGUUGUUGAAGUAGAAGAACCGGACUCGGAAGGAGACACCGUUUAAUUGUGUUAAGGAAGAGCUGUGAACGUCAUGGUGCUGAAGAUCUUCUUCCCACAGUGCUGCAACCGGGCGGAGAGCGGGCUGCUGGUGGGCCGCUGGAUCUCCGGCCAUGACUCGGCCGUGGUGCUGGCAGUCAUCCACUACCCGUUCAUCCCGGCUCAGGUCAAGCAGUACAUCCAGCAGAUGCAGGCUCAGAGUGGCGUUGAUCUGUCGGUUCUCGGCUCCUGGAGUCUCCCUAAAGAUGGGCAGGAGGGCAUGGAGAGCUUCCUCAGGGACCUGAGCACCAUCUUCCCCCAGGAGCGCUGGCUCCAGAUCAGAAGGCAGUUCGGAAAGACUGGCUUCAGCUGCGAGGUGCUCAGCCAGGACCAGAUUUGCAGGAAGGAUUCAGGAGAAAAAGCAGAGAAGAAGAAGAGCGAAGAGGACGACGGCGACGCAGAGCAGGAGGAUGAGGAGAAGGUGAUCUUCGUCCACUACGAGCAGAGGAAGGUGAUGCUGUCGCAGCUUCAUCCUGUGGAGGCCCAGGAGUCUGGGGACGGAUCAGAACCUCACUCUGAGCUCAGACAGGUGUUUGGGACGGUGGCUCGCAGCCAGCCGCUCUUCGUCCUGGACCGGUACGAUGACGGGCCGCUGCGGUCGACCCACUGGCAGUCUGAGGGCCGGGAGGCCAGCAUCGUGGUGGAGCUGUUGAAGCAGGCCUCGGUUCCGCUGGGCCUCCUGCUGGGCCGGAUGCUCUCCGUCUGGACCUGGAUCUGCAGCGCCCGGAUCCUCAGCGUCUUCCCGCUGCGCUUCCUGUCCUCCAAGCUGUCCACCUGCGUCCAGCUGAGCUACAGAACCGAGCGGCUGCAGACGCUGGGCGCCCCGCAGGCCGACGCCCACAUGGACUUCAUGAGGAAGGCCAACGUCCUGGUGUCCGUCCUGCUGGACGUCUCGCUGGGCGUCCUGCUCAUGUUGUGGCUCUACAGAGACCAACACAUCGCCAUGCUGGCCAGCAACAUGGUGCCGGCCGCCGACAGCGUGGCACAGCAGCUGGAGGAGCUGCUGCAGUGGCUGAUGGGAGCUCCGGCCGGCCUGAAGAUGAACCGGGCCCUGGACCAGGUUCUGGGCCGGUUCUUCCUCUACCACAUCCACCUGUGGAUCAGCUACAUCCACCUGAUGGCGCCGUUCAUCCAGGGAAUCCUCUGGUACGGAGGCCUGUCCGCCUGCCUCGGCCUGACCUUUGCCCUCUCACUGCUGUCUGACAUGGUGGCGCUGUUCACCUUUCACAUCUACUGCUUCUACGUCUACGGAGCCAGGUAACGAUGGAUGGAUGGAUGGA